GGGCUCCCCCCAUCUCCCCCCGACAUCAGUCCGUCCCGCUUCCAGCUGCUGCAGCCGCGCCUUCACCGCCUCGGCAUCCAGCCGCCCCCUGCUCUGGCCCGGCAUGGCGACCCCGACCCAGGCCCCCACAAAGGUUCCUCAGGAACCUGACCCAUUUUACUAUGACUACGACACUGUGCAGACGGUGGGCAUGACUCUGGCCGCCAUAUUGUUCCUGUUGGGUAUCCUCCUCAUCAUCAGCAAGAAGGUGAAGUGCAGGAAGGCGGACUCCAGGUCUGAGAGCAUUAUCUCCUCCAGUGCUAUCCACAUGGCUAUUGGAUUUCUUGACGCUUUUCUCUCUGGUCUUUGCUUCCAUAGCCCAACAUGCAAAUCCUGUAAGUCGGAGCUUCCCUCCUCAGCUCCUGGAGGUGGCGGCGUGUAAAACCAGCCCUGGACACCUCCACUUCUGUCCCUGCCUGAGUGCGGAAGCCUGAGGAUCGGGUGGAGGCGGUGGGGACCCCAGCCUUGCGCCGGGGAGCGCUCCCCCGAAUGAGCCGCCCCACCCACCCGAGGCUGGUGCCGCUGCACCCCGCUGCCCCUCCCCAGGCCUUGGCAAUGACGACCCCCCAAAGAGCCCGUCUGCAUCCCGGAUCCAGGGACUCAGGCCUUCAGCUCCUGGGGUCCGGGAGUCCAGCUCCAGCCCCC